CGGAGGCUUUGAGCUGCCCAGGAGAAUUGUGUCAAGCCUCUGAGCUUCUAAUUCUCCUCUCGGCCAGGAUUCCCCCUCCGCCAACAAUGACUGUUGUUCGUCGUGGUCCGUAGAUUGUUCAGGAUUCCCACCUGAUUUGCGUGUCCACCUGUUCGUCGAGAUGCCCGACAAAAGGCCACUGGAUCCACUGCAGCCGGUUCUCUACAUAGAACACUGUCGCUAUCGACAGAUAUAUAGGAAAAGGGCUCUGCAUCUCCACUCCUCGCUGGCGGAAGCUCUGAGUGCCAUCCAGCCAAAGGUUAAGCUCCAGCUAAGGAUCAACGACAGAGGCCCUCCUCAGGAUGGAUCCUUUGAGGUGGCGAUUGCACCGCACCCCACUGAAGAUCCUUCGGGGCGCCAGAGUGUGUGGACGGGGCUGAGGAGAAUGCCAAGUGCAUCAAAGGUUCCACAUGUGGAUGACAUCAUCACCCCGGUUUGUUUCGCCUUGAAACUUAGGGACCCCCACAAGGAAUCACAUCGAAGGAUGUUGACCAAUCUACGGCACAACGAGGGCAGUCGGGCCAGGAGAAGGGAGUUCCACUAAAUCUUUAAAGUUAUUCCUGUUAAGACAUUAACUGCAGUGAAAAAAAAUUUUUUUUUUUUUUUAAUUUCGUUAGCCAGCAGAAGCAAAUGCUUAUUAAACUGAAUAAAGAACUUAAAGCAGA